AUGCACGGUCAAGCUCCGAAUGGAAUUAUAACGGAUCAAGAUCGGGCUAUGCAAAAUGCAAUUGAGAUCAUCUUCCCAAACAUGAGACACAGAUGGUGUUUGUGGCAUAUUUUAAAGAAGUUAUCAGAAAUGUUCGGUAACCGUAGGCACAAAAAUUCUAUUCUUUCUAGUGUACAUGGGUUGGUGUAUGAUACACAAAGUCCUCUAGAGUUUGAGGAAAAAUGGCAUACAAAGCUUGUACAUUAUGAACGACAAGAACAUGGUUGGUUGACUGGACUUUACAAUGAUAGAAGGUGUUGGGUGCCAUGUUAUUUGAAAAAUUUAUUUUGGGCUGGUAUGUCAACCACCCAACGAAGUGAGAGCAUAAAUGCCUUUUUUGAUGGAUAUGUUCAUUCAAAAGCUUCCCUGAAGCAAUUUGUAGAACAAUAUGAGCGGGCAUUGAGAAGUAAAGUUGAAAAAGAAUUUCAAGCUGAUUUCAAAUCAUUUUCGCAGAUGGUCCCAUGUGCAACAAGGUAUGAUAUGGAGAAACAAUUUCAAUUAGUGUACACGAUCUCUAAGUUCAAAGAGUUCCGGCAAGAGUUUACGGGGAAGGUGUAUUGUGAGAUCUUAUCUGUGACGGACUCAUAUUUUGACUUCACUUACGAGGUUCGUAAGGAUAUCAUUAGCAACGAAGGCAUGAAGAAACAAAUUUUUACAGUUUCAUUUCGUAGGGAAAAUUGUGAAUUUGAAUGCAAUUGCCACUUGUUUGAGUUUAGAGGAAUUAUUUGCAAGCAUGCAAUAUCAGUUUUAAUCCGUAACGAUGUGGUGUUAAUUUCGAAGAGAUAUAUAUUGAAGAGAUGGAGACGAGAUGUGAACCGACCUUACAUGAGGUUUCCCAUCAAACAUGAUGAUUUUGUCAGUAGCGCCGAGCAGGUUAGAGAUCAGCAACUAUGCAAUACGUUUACCAAGUUAGCCGAUGUGAUAGCACAUGACGAACAACAAUGUAGGAGAAUUAUGGAUUAG